AUGGCUGGGCCGUCGCCAUCUCCGCACAAGCCUCGGCGCAAGGCAAAACGCGCCGUCAACGCCGCCAGCAACCUUGCCAAUAUCACCGCCCUCAGCGAUGUCAACCCGGUCGAGACUCUCGUUCGCGCGCCAUCCUUCCCCCUUUCUGCGCUUCUGUGGCCCGCAAGGGGCUUUGUGACGGAAUGGGAAGUGCUUCCCCUGAUCUUGAUGGGUGUUGGUCUGUUCAGAUGGGCUGCCGGCCUUUGGGGAUAUUCUGGUUUCCAGAAACCUCCCAUGUUCGGCGACUACGAAGCCCAGCGCCAUUGGAUGGAGAUCACGACACAGCUUCCCAUCUCGCAGUGGUAUUUCCACGACCUGCAGUGGUGGGGGCUUGACUAUCCGCCCCUGACCGCGUACCACAGCUGGCUUUGCGGCAAGAUCGGCUCGCUCAUCAACCCUUCGUGGUUCGCCCUGUUCUCUUCUCGUGGCCUGCAUGACGCGAACCUUAAGGUCUUCAUGAGGGCCACGGUCUUGGUGUCGGAGUACCUCAUCUACAUCCCUGCCGUCGUCGUCUUUACGCGCCGCUUCAGCCGGCUGAAUGGUGUCUCUACCUGGUCCUCCGCUGUCGCCCUCGUCGCCAUUCUGAUGCAGCCAGCCACUAUCCUCAUUGAUCACGUCCACUUCCAAUACAACACGGUUAUGCUGGGCUUGGUUGUGGCCAGUAUGUCCAGCCUGCUCGCGGGCCGGAAUCUGUGGGCUUGCGUCUUCUUCGUCGCAGCCCUGGGCUUUAAGCAGAUGGCCCUUUACUACUCCUUCUCCAUAUUUUCCUACCUUCUGGCCAUCUGCGUGUUCCCUCGUAUCAACAUUUCUCGCUUUGUCGCCAUCGCCGCAACCACCGCAAUUUCGUUUGCCCUCCUCAUCCUGCCUAUUGUUGUGGGAACGCUCCACGAUGUCAAACGUGGCAUUGACGCUAGACCCGACCUUGAUGGUCCCCGCCCACCGUUGCCGCUCUUCCCCCAGCUUGCCAACUACCUUGAUACCGAGGCUUUCUAUUACCCAGUGGUCGAGCAGCUCGUUCAGAUCGUUCAUCGCAUCUUUCCUUUCGCUCGCGGCUUGUUCGAAGAUAAAGUGGCCAACUUUUGGUGUGCUUUGAACGUGAUCGUCAAGGUCAAGAAGUAUCCAGCUCCGCUUCUUCAGCGAGCAUCUCUGCUGGCUACCUUGGCAUCCAUUCUUCCGCCCAAUCUCGUCCUCUUCCUUCGCCCCAGAAAGCACUUGCUGCCCCUUGCCUUUGCGGCGACAGCAUGGGGUUUCUUCCUUUUCAGUUACCAAGUCCACGAGAAGAGCGUCCUUCUUCCGCUAAUGCCGAUGACUUUAAUGCUUGCCGGUAAUCAUGGCUUGAGCAAGCAGAUACGAGCUUGGGUCGGAUUCGCCAAUAUUCUCGGCUGUUGGACCAUGUUCCCCUUGCUGAAACGCGUCGACCUAGCUAUGCCCUACACUGUCCUGACGCUGUUGUGGGCAUAUCUCCUUGGCCUUCCUCCCACCUCUAUUAGCGUCUAUGCUCCAGAAGAAACUAAGGCCCUGAGUCAAUGGGUCACCAUUUUCCUCCACGCUCCAUUCUAUCUCGCUAUGGCACUGUGGCACGUCUUGGAGCUGAACGUUGUCCCUCCUGCGGAUAAACCCGACUUAUGGACGGUUGCCAAUGUGGGUAUUGGUGCAGUUGGCUUCGGCCUGUGCUAUAUCUGGUGUCUGGGCAAGCUUGUGGUCGACAGCGAGAUCAUCCCGAAGUCUUGGUUCUCAAAGAAGACCAAACUUAAGUCCCAAUGA